AUGAUCUUGAGGUUUCUGCUGUUUUUGUGUGCGCUGGCUAACAGCAGCGUCCACACUUGCCCAAGACAGUGCUCCUGCUCCUUUGCUGAGGUGGAGUGCGGCGACAUCGCAACCAUGACAUCGUUCCCCGUAGAUGCUUUGCCAUCCAACACCACCGUGUUGUCCAUCUGGUCCACCCAGAUCUCUUCUCUAGAAGCCAGUCAUUUAAAUACUUUACCUUUUCUAAACAAGCUUAAUCUGUAUUCCAACAAACUUGAAAAGCUUCCUUCUGAUCUCCUGCGGAACGCAUCCUGGCUGAGCUCACUGGAUCUCACGGGGAAUCAGAUUGUACGCCUCCCUCCAGGAGUCUUCAGCCAGAAGUCCCUCCGUAACCUGGUGCUCAAAAAUAACCGCAUCGAACAAACAGACGCCGAGUGGUUUGAUGAUGACAGCAACCUGAUCUGGUUGGACUUGUCCGGGAAUCGCUUAUCCGAGAUCCCGGUAAAUUUGUUUCAGAAGCUAAAACAUCUCGAGCAUCUGGAUGUGAGUGACAACAACCUGGCGGAUCUGCACCCAGAUGCUUUGAAGAACCUGUACCACCUGGACAUUCUGAACCUCGCCGGGAACAAACUGAGCACCCUGACGCCAACGGCCUUCAGCCACAACCAGAAGCUCUCACGUCUGUUUCUACAGGAGAAUCACUUCCGGGAGCUUCCGCCGUCCCUCCUGUUGGGUCCGCAGAACCUUCAGAUGCUUCUUCUCAACCAGAACCAGCUACAGCAUCUUCCCGCAGGCCUUUUGGACGGCAGGAACUCCUCUUUCCAGCUGAUCCUAUCAGCAAACCCAUGGCUGUGCGACAGCAAGAUGGAGUACCUGUGGAGGUGGCUUAAUGAGCAUUCUCAGAAUGUAUUUUAUUUGGAGGAGGUGACAUGUGCUGGACCAGAACCUCUCAAAAACAGACAAGUUGUGUCUUUAAGUGAAAGUGAACUUGGUUUGGUCAGAUAA